GACCGAUAGUAUCUUUGCUCGAGAAUCCAGCCAAUAGACCUGAACCACUCGCUAGUUAUAUCGGCAAGUCAGCAAAGCUCAUCCAUUAAUGGCGGUCAAGCUCACACUCCCACCGGCAGAACUGCUCUCCCAGGUGGCCAAGCUGGGCUCCCUCCUCGUCCUUCUCCUUCUCGCGCUGCUGCUGCCCGCCUUCCUCAGGGUCGCCUACGGCUACCUCCUCUUCAACGGCAUCGUCCUCGCGCUGGGCAUCCAGGCCUUCGUCGGCAGCACAGCUUCCAUCGCCGACGAGUCUUCGAGUCCCGGUCAGGCUGUCGCGCCUGUCGGUGUCGCGGCCUCGCCGUUCCAGAGGGCUGGAUCAGUCCGUCCCGACGACCGGACGGCGGUUGCUGAUGAUGAUCGUGUGGUGGUUCCUGCCUUUGUGGCCAGUAAUAUAAUCGAGCUCAAGAUCAAGACCAAGGAGGUGGUGCUGAAGAAGUGCCCGUCGACGGCGAGCAUCUUCUUCCUCAGCGCGCUGAACGGCAGCCAGGCCGGCGGAGAGGAAAAGGGACGGCAAGAGGAGCAGGAUGAUUUUGAGGUCGACUUGGACGGCGACGUGACGAUGAGUCGGCAGGAGCUGUUCGCCAACACGGAGAGGUUCAUCGGCAACUUCCGCAAGGAGCUCAGGAUGCAGAGGCAGUAGCCCCCUGGAAGCUAGCUAGCAUAGAUAUUUUUGCUUAGCCUUUUCUUUCCUCUUAGUUUUUGUCUCAUGAUAUAUACUGUAGGAGUGUGUUUAGUGCGACACGUCCGUGACCACUUGCGUAACCUCUGUUCAUAGGCUUAGAAUAUUUUCGGUGUGUUUAGGUUUUGAAAAUUGACAUAAUCUGUGCUGUUAGUAAUCUCAGAAGAAAGUGAACGCUGGAGGCAAAAGCCAACAUGUGAGGGGCUAGUUUUCUUCAGACUUUGCUUCUUCAGACUGUAGAAGCACCCCAUAGAUAUUUUUGCUUUGCAUUCUUCUUAAUAUUUGCGUCAA